AUGGCAGGCUUUCAGUUAACUAAUAGCAGUUCAUUAGCCGUCUUCUUGCUUCCCAAUAUCUCUGGAUUUCCGUCGUUGUCUUUAGGGCUGGACUCCGAAUCAGGUGGGUCUUCUGUAUUUCCUCCUGUAAGUUACAUAGAGGGCAUGUGGGUUGAGUAUAUACUCCCAAUCUGUGAAGAUGUUUUGCCAAGCAAUCGUGUCCGGUACGUAGUCUGA